AUGGUUCAGGGAAACGAACGAAGCUGCUACACCAAUGAGAUGUUCGAAGAGGCUAAGGAGUCCAUGAGAAAAGCUGAAAAAGACUUCAGGAUUGUUGUUGUUGGGAAAACUGGAGCUGGGAAGAGUUCAUCGGGAAACACCAUCCUGGGAGGAAAAGCCUUUAAAACAGCAUCAGCUUCAUCCCCUGCCUCAGUGACGUCAGAGUGUCAGCAGGAAGCAGCUCUGUUUGAUUAUCAAACCCUGGCUGUCGUUGAUACUCCAGGCCUGUUUCACUCUGUGUUUACCUUAGGCCAGGUGAACACGGAGAUCAAUAGAUGCAUCUCACUGGCUGCUCCUGGUCCUCAUGUGUUCCUGGUUGUGAUCCAGCCAAACAUAUUUAUAGACGAAGAACAAAAAACCCUGAGAAUCCUUCAGGAGGUGUUUGGAGAUGAAGCCGUUCGUUACACCAUGGUGUUGUUCACACAUGUAGAUCUGAAUGUCUCCAUAGAAGAAUUCAUCACUAAGACUCCAGCUCUUCGUGAAUUCGUCCGUCAGUGUGGAGGAGGAUAUCAUGUUUUUAACAACAACAAUAGCAGAGAUCCUGCUCAGGUCAGAGAGCUGCUGGAGAAGAUCAGACUAAUGGUUCAGAGAAAUGGAGGAAGCUACUACACCAACAAGAUGUUUGAAAAGGCAGAGAGCGCUAUAACCAAAGAGAUGGAACAACUUCAGAAGAAAAACCCUGGGCUGAUGGCCACUGAAGCAAGAUAUGAAGCAGAGAGAAAAAACAAGUUUAUCCAGGGCAGCUGGGUUGGUGCUGUUGCUGGAGCUGCUGCUGGACUCGGUGCUGGAGCUGCUGCUGGAGUCAGUACUGCGAUUGCGACCGAGCUUGCUAUUGGAGCUAUUGUGGGAGCUGCAGCUUGUCCAGUAGGAGUGCUGGUUGGAGCUGGACUGGGUGUGGCAGCUGGAGUUGCACUGGAUCGUACUACUGCUGCUAAAGUGAGGAAGCAGGCGUGUACUACACAGUGA